AGCAGAUUUUGCCAUUUCAUGUAUUUCGGCACACUAACAGACUUCUUCUUUCCUCAAAUCUGUUCUAGGUUUCUCUCUGUUCGUUCCUCAGCUUCACGAUGUCGCCGAUGGUUCGGAGAGUGGCCGCCGUUGCAUUUUCUUCUUCUGCAUCAUGUUUCAUUCGUACUCCUCUCUCUCACAGAGGUAUUCCCGACACAGUCUUACGUUGUUACUCUGUUUUAUGUUGUCGGAGGUUGGCUUAUUCUGGUGUUAGAGACAACGAUAUGUCGUUCAGAGAGAGAUUGAGAUGUGGGUUUGCUGACAGUAAUGUCCACGAAGCUGUUGCUUUGUUCCAUCAGAUGGUUCGGUCUCGCCCCCUCCCUUCAAUUAUCGAUUUCAACAUGCUGUUGAGUGCCAUCGCCAAGAUGAAACGGUGUGAUGUUGUGAUUUCGCUUUGCAAAUCAAUGGAAUUGCUCGGGAUUUCACAUGAUUUGUGCACCUUCAAUAUUCUGAUAAAUUCUUUCUGUCGCUCACGUCAAGCGGUCUUAGGAUUUUCGGUUUUGGGACAGAUCAUGAAGUUGGGUUACGAACCUAGUGCUGUCACAUUCAACACCCUGAUCAAUGGGUUCUGCAUCCUAGGUGAAGUUUCCGCAGCUUUAGGCUUGAUGGAGCGAAUGGUGGAUGCGGGACUUCAACCUGAUGUCGUAACAUUUAACACUGUCGUUAACGGACUUUGUCUCAAGGGUAGAAUUCAUGAGGCAGUAACUUUGACAGAGCGGAUGGUGGAAAAAGGCUCUCGACCCGAUAUUGUUACUUAUAACACCAUUUUGAAUGGGAUUUGCAAGCUAGGGGAUUCUACUUUAGCUUUGGAUUUGGUCAAGACGAUGGAGGAAAGGUGCACGGUGGUCACUGUCGUAACAUAUAAUACGAUUAUCGAUUGUCUUUGCAAAUCUGGGAACAUCGACGAUGCGUUGGGCGUUUUCAGUAACAUGAAUGGUCGAGGAAUUGUAUCGAAUGUUAUUACGUAUAACACUUUGAUUAAUGGCCUCUGCAGUUCAGGCAGAUGGAACGACGCCUCACAAUUUUUGGAGGAUAUGAUCAGAAGGAAAAUCAUGCCCGAUGUUGUUACUUUCUCCGGAUUAAUCGAUAAAUUCAUUAAAGAGGGGAUGUGUCUAGAGGCUAAAGAACUGUUCGAGCUGAUGCUCCAAAGAGGUUUGGUUCCAGAUACGAUCACUUAUACUUCACUGAUUGAUGGGUUUUGCAUGCAAGGUGAAGUUUCCGCAGCUUUAGGCUUGAUGGAGCGAAUGGUGGAUGCGGGACUUCAACCUGAUGUCGUAACAUUUAACACUGUCGUUAACGGACUUUGUCUCAAGGGUAGAAUUCAUGAGGCAGUAACUUUGACAGAGCGGAUGGUGGAAAAAGGCUCUCGACCCGAUAUUGUUACUUAUAACACCAUUUUGAAUGGGAUUUGCAAGCUAGGGGAUUCUACUUUAGCUUUGGAUUUGGUCAAGACGAUGGAGGAAAGGUGCACGGUGGUCACUGUCGUAACAUAUAAUACGAUUAUCGAUUGUCUUUGCAAAUCUGGGAACAUCGACGAUGCGUUGGGCGUUUUCAGUAACAUGAAUGGUCGAGGAAUUGUAUCGAAUGUUAUUACGUAUAACACUUUGAUUAAUGGCCUCUGCAGUUCAGGCAGAUGGAACGACGCCUCACAAUUUUUGAAGGAUAUGAUCAGAAGGAAAAUCAUGCCCGAUGUUGUUACUUUCUCCGGAUUAAUCGAUAAAUUCAUUAAAGAGGGGAUGUGUCUAGAGGCUAAAGAACUGUUCGAGCUGAUGCUCCAAAGAGGUUUGGUUCCAGAUACGAUCACUUAUACUUCACUGAUUGAUGGGUUUUGCAUGCAGAAUCACCUUGAUGAAGCAAGACAAAUGUUUGAUUCUAUGGUUACCAUGGGAUGUUUUCCAAAUGUAGUGACGUUUGGUGCUCUCAUAAAUGGAUAUUGCAAGUCUGGUAAGCUUGAUGAGGGUCUCGAACUCUUUAGCGAGAUGUCUCGAAGAGGGGUGGCUGCUAAUAACAUAAUUUACAAUUCUCUCAUUCAAGGAUCUUGCCAGACAGGCAACCUUGAUGCCGCCCAGACGCUUUUCUUCGAGAUGCAAUGUCACGGUCCACUUCCUGAUCUAAUAACUUACACGAUUUUGCUUGAUGGACUAUGUAAAAAUGGAAAACUGGAUGAAGCAUUGGAAUUAUGCUGCAAGAUGGAAAAGGAUGGGAUGAGCCUUGAUAUAGUUGUAUAUAGUAUUUUCAUCCAUGGCAUGUGUAAGGCGGAAAAGGUUGACGAGGCAUUGCAAUUGUUUAAUUUGCUUUCGGAUAAAGGGAUGGAACCAAAUGUGAUAACAUAUAAUACGAUGAUUUCGGGACUCUGUCGGAGAGGUUUAUUUGGUGAAGCCGAGAAGUUAUUUAGUGAGAUGAAAGAGACUGGUUGUUUGCCGAAUGAUCGUACAUACAACACAUUAAUCCAGGGUUAUCUAAAUCACGGAUACACGUUAAAGGGUAUCAAACUUAUAAAAGAAAAGAAGAGAUGCGGGUUCUGUGGAGAUGCGUCAACGAUAAAGAUUGUGGUAGAUAUGCUAUGUGACGGUAGGUUGGACAAAGAGUUUUUGGGUUCUCUUUGAUAACUGACCUUGCUUCCUGUGAUGGCAAUCAUCUGAGUACGAGACAGCCCGGUAAGGUUAUGAGGAAAGAUGAGAUGGAGUGCCAACGUCAUCUUUGAUGCAGAAGUCAACUUAACAAAGUCUUCUUGCUGAGGAAAACGUCACAAUAAGGUUACCAUGAAACCUACUCUGGUUGCAUCAAUCAUUCUACAGAUCAUUUUCUCAUGUUUGUCUCACGAUGAAGCUGAAUUUAUAAGUUAACGCUCUGAUGGGGUCGAUGAUGCAUUGGUCCGAUCUGACACCAACUAAAACUCGUCUCUUGGUUUUGUACUAUUGGUUCUUCGGCAAAGCUGGGCGAUGGAUGCAAACUAUAUCCUUCUAGCCACAUCUUUGGGAACACAAAAUUGGGGGAUUCUUGCGUCCUUAUGACGUAGGCCGGUUUUGCUCUUCUGACCGGUGGUAUAUGGGUAUAUCAACGUUAUUGGUCACCAUGCUGUGGUUGGUCUUAAAUGCCAAGACAUGAAAUACAAG